GGUCCAUUAAGCUGUAAGCAAAUUUAGAGGAGAAAGAAGAAAGAGACGAACCGUCUUCGUUUGGAGCUGUGUGACCGGGAGCAAAGAUGUCGUACAUGCUUCCACAUCUCCACAACGGCUGGCAGGUGGACCAGGCCAUUCUGUCAGAGGAGGACCGGGUCCUUGUGAUUCGGUUCGGACACGACUGGGACCCGACGUGUAUGAAAAUGGACGAAGUUCUCUACAGCAUCGCUGAAAAGGUGAAGAAUUUUGCAGUCAUUUACUUGGUAGACAUCACUGAAGUGCCUGAUUUUAACAAGAUGUACGAGUUAUACGAUCCCUGCACUGUCAUGUUCUUUUUCAGGAACAAGCACAUCAUGAUUGAUUUGGGCACCGGCAACAACAACAAGAUCAACUGGACGAUGGAGGACAAGCAGGAGAUGAUAGACAUUAUCGAAACUGUUUACAGAGGAGCACGAAAAGGACGAGGUCUGGUGGUGUCGCCUAAGGAUUAUUCGACUAAAUAUCGAUAUUGAUUUUUUUUUUUUUUUUUUGAAUUUGUUUUAUUUUUUUUA